CUAAUCUAAAUAAAUUUGAUGAAUGACAGCUCAUUAGUUUAGCUUUGAAAUCACAAUCGCAGACGAGGUGGGGCCAAUGUUCUGUAAGAAAUUGUGAUGUCAACCUCGCGCUUGAUUUAACGCUAGUGGAAUAGUGACCCAGUUUCGGCGAAUCCACGCAAUGUCAACAGCAGGACGACUACGAUAUCACAACACACCUAUUUUCGUCAUCAUUCAUUGGCCAACACAGGUAUACGACUGAACGAGCAGACCAACUGAAGUCUCCCAAGACAGAACAUUGGAGGGUGGGGGCUUUUCAUUUCGCAUUUUCGGAUCGUUCAUUUUUCAAGUAGACAAGAAAAUAUCUUUAGAAUUCCGUAACCCAUGAAGUAGGCCUAGUAGUAGUUUUUGUCAAAAUGGACUGACACAUCUUGUCUACUAGUCGGAGUUUUAUGUUUCACUUGUCAAUGAAUUAGAAUUAGUGACUUGGAUAGGGUACGGCAACUGCAGUGUUUGAUUUCCGCAUUGUAAACAUUCGCGACCCGGCCAGGAAGAUGAAUUUGCUUGAAUAUUUGGCUGAUCCUGCACACGUAGCGAGGAUACAGAAGUUGUGCGGAGUCGAAGUGGAGAAACCUGUGACGUGCGAUCAACAAACACAAACUCGGAAAAACUUUUCAUCAGAUUCGUCAGACGACAGCAACUGUGAGCAGGAGGAACAUCACAAUUUGGCGGCACGACCGCCCUGUUUGACGGGAAAAAACACAUCAUUUAACCAAGUAAUUUCUACGCCCAACGGUCGAGUUACAGGAGACGCUGGGCUUGAGGCACAUGUGGACCAACUACCCCAAGAAGACAACCACGAUAUCAAGGCAAAUGACCAUAUCACGGCAAAUGACCGGGUCAGGCAGAGAAUCAAUAAUAAUGAUACUGAGGAAAAUAAGAAUAUCAGCCAAACGAAAAUAAGGGCCAAGAAUGCUUUUCAUGUCAUAGAGCCGUCCAGCAGAGUCCACAGCAAAGGAAGCAUCUUCGAAUGUAACGGUCACUCAACAAGCAAUGCUCUCAAUGGCUGUGUCUCUAAGGAUGAUAGUUCCAGCCAAGUCCCACCAGCCAAUCCUGUUGUACAUAUCAAGUACAAGUCAUUGCUGUACCUGGCACAUUUUGGGGCUUUCCUGGGAAAUGAAGGAUUCUACCUGACAUUUUUUCCAUUUUGCUUAUGGAAUUUGGAUGGGCUCAUUACUAGACAGGUAAGUGCAGUUUAUGGACUGUGACAUUACACUAGGUUUCAGGGCUUAUAACAAAAACUCUCUUGUGUUAUAACAGUGGUCUCUAAACUUUUAAUGUGAGGACCCCAUUCAAUAAUUUAGGUUUAAAAAAACAUUCAUGUUUGAAUAUGGUUAAAGGGAAAUAUUCAUUAAAAGCCUAAUGAGUUAUAACAUUGUCAUGGAUAUGCCUUAUGAUACUAGGGUGCUAUAACAUUGUCAUGGAUAUGCCUUAUGAUACUAGGGUGCUAUAACAUUGUCAUGGAUAUGCCUUAUGAUACUAGGGGGCUAUAACAUUGUCAUGGAUAUGCCUUAUGAUACUAGGGGGCUAUAACAUUGUCAUGGAUAUGCCUUAUGAUACUAGGGUGCUAUAACAUUGUCAUGGAUGGAUAUGCCUUAUGAUACUAGGGUGCUAUAACAUUGUCAUGGAUUUGCCUUAUGAUACUAGGGUGCUAUAACAUUGUCAUGGAUAUGCCUUAUGAUACUAGGGUGCUAUAACAUUGUCAUGGAUUUGCCUUAUGAUACUAGGGUGAAUUUAUCUAUGUGUGCCUAAUUAAAUGCAGAGUAAAGCUAAUACAGGGGUUAAUCCAGAAGCAAAAGAAAAGUUAUUUGGUGUAGGAGGGGGGGGGGGUGACAGAUCAAAACCUAUUAUUAGAUUAUCUUGAUCAGACGGUUUUUUUUCAGCUGUUCAACUAUCCUUUCAUCUGUUUAGUGCUAUCAUUUCAUCUGUUUAGUGCUAUGAUUUCAUCUGUUUAGUGCUAUCCUUUCAUCUGCCUAGUGAUAUCCUUUCAUCUGCUUAGUGCUAUCCUUUCAUCUGUUUAGUGCUAUCCUUUCAUCUGUUUAGCACUAUCCUUUCAUCUGUUUACCACUAUCCUUUCAUCUGUUUACCACUAUCCUUUCAUCUGUUUAGCACUAUCCUUUUAUCUGUUUAGCGCUAUCAUUUCAUCUGUUUAGCACUAUCCUUUCAUCUGUUUAGCACCAUCCUUUCAUCUGUUUAGCACUAUCCUUUCAUCUGUUUAGCACUAUCAUUUCAUCUGUUUAGCACUAUCCUUUCAUCUGUUUAGCACUAUCCUUUCAUCUGUUUAGCACUAUCCUUUCAUCUGUUUAGCACUAUCCUUUCAUCUGUUUACCACUAUCCUUUCAUCUGUUUAGCACUAUCCUUUUAUCUGUUUAGCGCUAUCAUUUCAUCUGUUUAGCACUAUCCUUUCAUCUGUUUAGCACCAUCCUUUCAUCUGUUUAGCACUAUCCUUUCAUCUGUUUAGCACUAUCAUUUCAUCUGUUUAGCACUAUCCUUUCAUCUGUUUAGCACUAUCCUUUCAUCUGUUUAGCACUAUCCUUUCAUCUGUUUAGCACUAUCCUUUCAUCUGUUUAGCACUAUCCUUUCAUCUGUAUAGCACUAUCCUUUCAUCUGUUUAGCACUAUCAUUUCAUCUGUUUAGUACUAUCCUUUUAUCUGUUAAGCGCUAUCCUUUCAUCUGUUUAGUGCCACCAUGUCAUGUUAAAAUAUUUCUAGGUCCUGAAAGAUUUAAAUGAAGACCACAGGAACAAUGCUACAACAAAUGAUUUAAGCUAUUGUUGUACAAUAAUAAUAAUCAACAAUCCUAACAAUAGCUUAAAUUAUAUCAACAGUCCUAACAAUAGUUAGCUUAAAUCAUAUCAACAAUCCUAACAAUAGAUUAAAUCUUAUCAACACUCCUAACAAUGGCAUAAAUUAUAUAAAAAAUCCUAACAAUAGCUUAAAUCAUAUCAGCCAAUUAAAAUAAACAUUAAAACAUUGCAUUUUUAGUUUUGCUUUACUGAGUACUUGGAGUAAUUAAUUCUGAUAAAUCUGCUCGAUUUGGUCAUGUUUUUUAAGCUGAGUGAGAACACUGAUCCGGCCCCUUGUUUUAAAAAAUUUGAAGACCCCUGCUCUAGCCAUUGUUUUAGCUCUUCUGUAGUUAAACGUUAGUCAGUUUCAAUCUCUUCUCAGCCUUUGUGUCUAAGAUUUAACCAAAUAUUCAAAUAGGAUCAAGCUUACCAUGUUAUAUACCCUCAAGGUAAAUUCGUAGUUGCCUUUUUGGCAAGAGGCAAGUGCACAAAAAUUAGGCAUCAUUUCAGUUACCUGGUGAGUGGUGUGAAAUCAAAUGUCUGAAUGCUCAAAUAGUAAAUAUGUUACAGUUGUUACCCCUCUAUUUGACCGAAUCAGUAAAUUGAUUCAAAAUUGUUUUAGCUGAGUUAAUGUAGGCCUACAGUCAACAGCAACCUAUGAGCAGAGAAAAGUGAUGUGGCACUAGAUAGAGCCCUACAUAGUGAGAAUCUUGCUGUUUAUGACUCAAGAGAAUAUUGUAAAUGGGGAAACUAAAACCUUAUCUCCAUAUUGUUUAAGUGUAUAGGAAUGUUUGUGUCAUGGUACACUGGCUUCAGGCUGAAACAUUCAGAUCAUUCAGGUCUUGAGUUAUUUACUUAACCCACACUGUCAGCUUUUGAGUGUAACAAUGUCACAGUUCAUAUUUACCUAUCUGGAUCUGCUCUAAUUAUCACAGUAAGCAGUCCCUGGCAUGUUAUCUCUGACAACAUAGCCACACAGAAAUUAAAUUUUCCAUUCACUUGGGAAGAGUUUGGCCUUAAGGUGUAUGGCUAAAAUCUUUACGCUUGAAAAAAUUUAAAAACCUGUUUUACUGUGUGGGCAUACAAAACUCUCCACCUGAAUGCCCUUAAGGCUAAGUGUGUGAACAAAUUCUGCUCUAUUGGAAAAAAAGAAAAAUUUAUUUUACAAUAUUUUUUAAAAAUUUUAUUGAAGUAGUUUUGAAAUGAAUUAAAUGUUCUUGUAACAAAUCAGGUGGCCAUGUUGUGGUGUGUAGUGAUGUACCUAGGGCAAGCUACAAAAGACUACCUGUGUUGGCCACGCCCCCCAUGCCCACCUGUAGUACGUCUUGAAACACAUUAUAUCCAGGAGUACUCGAUGCCAUCUACUCAUGCCAUGGCAGGCACAGCUAUACCUCUCUAUCUGGCUUUUAUGGUUGUGGAAAGAUAUCAGGUAAAGUGAACAGUCCUAUCUUAGGAUUAUCCUACCAAGUCAUUCUAUUACUUUUUCUUGUCUUGCACCUCUCUAUACCCCAUACUACCUAUAAGUAUAAACUGUCUAUACCCCCUACUGUCUAUAAGUAUAAACUCUAUAUCCCCAUGAAGUUCUGUAUCUGUUUUUGUAAACACAAACAUUAAAAUUAGAAAAAGAUAGAUGGCUUUUUUGUGUGACUGACUGUGUCAGAGAUUGUGAAUUUAACACAUUUUCCAGACAAACUGUUUUUUCAAAUGAUACUUAUUAGCAAAGACUUAGAUAGGGCCUUCAAGUGAAGCCUACUUAUUAGCAAAGACUUAGAUAGGGCCUUCAAGAGAAGCCUACUUAUUAGCAAAGACUUAGAUAUGGCCUUCAAGAGAAGCCUACUUAUUAGCAAAGACUUAGAUAGGGCCUUCAAGAGAAGCCUACUUAUUAGCAAAGACUUAGAUAUGGCCUUCAAGAGAAGCCUUAAACAUCCUCCUUUUCAACAUAUACUAUUCAAACUCUGAAAAGGUGGGUUGGACAUAAAAAAUUGCACAGAUGAGUUAAGACCUGGUCCUAUUGCCAUUCUGACUCUGAUAGUUUGAACAACUUUCAUCAAGUGCUAGUUUCAAAUUUUACUUUUAAAAGACAUAUUUACAUGUGGUGGUGUAUUUAAGUUUAAGUACAUCACAUCAAGUUUGGGCUCUUAAAAAAAAUAGUGAUUGACAUCGAGCCAAAGAUCGGAUGUUUUAUAAUUAAAGUUUUACAUCUCGUAUGGGCUGAGAUAGAACAUCCAGACAAUACAAUUCUAUCUGUAGCCUUGAUAGACACGUGAGAUUAGGAAAUGAUUUUUUUUCUACGUUGACCAAGUUUAGAUCUUUUGUUUACAGUUGGGUCUAUUCAUUAACAUAAUAUUUAUCUGAUACCAAAGUUUUAUCACAUGUUUAUGAAUAAGUAUUAGGAUACUAUUUUUAUCUGAUUACUAGUUAGAGUGAGAAAGUUUGAAAUUCAGUACAAUCAAGUCAUGAAUCAUUAUCUUGUGUGUGGGAUAUUAUUGCACCUCAUUUUCUUAAGUGAAAUAAAUAAAAAUAAAAAUUAUUUUCACUUCCGAUUUAUUGGUCAAGAAAUAUAUUGCAUUAUUACUGGAGCAUUUAGGUUUGCCUGGAAUUGUUCCAACACCCAAUUUUAUGCUUUUUGAAAAUUCACAUAAGUCUUGUGUUAUUCUUAUGGCUAAUGUAAUCUUUGUAAAUACAUAUUAUUGAUAUAUGAUAGUCUAUAUUAAUGGCCAAAUUGGCAUGUUGCCAUUUGAUACGCACAGUAGAAGGUCACACUCAUCAUAUUUAUUGACCAUAUCUAUCUGUAGUAAGGCAGGUCAAAUCUUUUUGUAGUAAGACAGGUCAAAUAUGUCUGUGGUAAGAUGGGUCAAAUCGGUCUGUUGUAAGGCAGGUCAAAUAUGUCUGUAGUAAGACAGGUCAAAUCUGUCUGUUGUAAGGCAGGUCAAAUCUGUCUGUAGUAAGACAGGUCAAAUAUGUCUGUAGUUAGAUGGGUCAAAUCUGUCUGUUGUAAGGCAGGUCAAAUCUGUCUGUUGUAAGGCAGGUAAAAUCUGUCUGUAGUAAGGCAGGUCAAAUCUGUCUGUUGUAAGGCAGGUCAAAUCUGUAUGUAGUAAGGCAGGUAAAAUCUAUCUGUUGUAAGGCAGGUUAAAUCUGUCUGUAGUGAGACAGUUAAAAUCUGUCUGUAGUAAGGCAGGUCAAAUAUGUCUGUAGUAAGGCAGGUAAAAUCUGUCUGUAGUAAGGCAGGUCAAAUCUGUCUGUUGUAAGGCAGGUCAAAUCUGUCUGUUGUAAGGCAGGUCAAAUCUGUCUGUUGUAAGGCAGGUCAAAUAUGUCUGUAGUAAGGCAGGUAAAAUCUGUCUGUAGUAAGGCAGGUAAAAUCUGUCUGUAGUAAGACAGGUAAAAUCUGUCUGUUGUAAGGCAGGUCAAAUCUGUCUGUAGUAAGGCAGGUCAAAUCUAUCUGUUGUAAGGCAGGUUAAAUCUGUCUGUAGUGAGACAGUUAAAAUCUGUCUGUAGUAAGGCAGGUCAAAUCUGUCUGUAGUAAGGCAGGUAAAAUCUGUCUGUAGUAAGGCAGGUAAAAUCUGUCUGUUGUAAGGCAGGUAAAAUCUGUCUGUUGUAAGGCAGGUAAAAUCUGUCUGUAGUAAGGCAGGUCAAAUCUGUCUGUGGUAAGGCAGGUCAAAUCUGUCUGUAGUAAGGCAGGUCAAAUCUGUCUGUGGUAAGGCAGGUCAAAUCUGUCUGUAGUUCAGUCUAUAUGAAAAGUGAGAAUAAUUGUCCAACAUUGCUACUGUGGAUACACCGCUACAAAUAUUGUUUGGCGAUGAUGAGCUAUCUUUUAGUUGAUGCCCUAACCCAACUGACCAUGCCUCAUACCCCAAACCUGACAGACCUCCUCCCAUAAAACAGAAUGUGCUAGAUUGAAGUAAAUUUUAAAGAUACGAUUAUUUUUUAAAUAAUUUUUUCAUGAUGUCUCUUUGAAAGUUAUCCUUUGGUAUUUAUUUUAAUUGCUCUAGGUUCCUGUCUAUGUGGCAGCACCAAUUGCUCUGCUGUGGUUUUCCAUAACUUGCUGGAGCCGAUUGUACCUGGGCGUACAUUCAAUUCUGGUAGGUCUUAAUUCAUUGCAGCACAUUGAAAGUAGCUGUGGUUGGCCAUCAGGGACUACAGUCUCUUGUCAAUUCUUAGUUAAGGUGGAGAUAAAAGGAUCAAGUCCCAGGUCUCAUGGCUUCUUCUCUUUCACUGCUUUUUACCAACCCAUCUUAACAUUUAUUUUUUAUAAAACGUGUAUGUGUCUCUACCUCCCCUCUACCGUCAAUAUAAUUCUCUAGUGUCCAAUUUAAAAAAAAAUCUGUAGUGGAAAAUCCUGUCUACAAUGUGGGCUUAUCCUACAGCUUUAGAAUUCCUUUUUAAAGAAAUGAAGAAGAAAAAAGACAUUAAAGUUUUCAAAGAAAAAUGAUUAAAUAUAAAUUUGUGGUUUGCAAAAGUAGGAAACAAACUGAGAUUUAAAGAUCAAUCCUAACUUUGUAACACUUCUAAUCAAAAGGUUUGAUUAAAGCAACUUAAGUAAUUAUUAAAAAGGUAACCACAAUAUACUUUAAAUUAUUUGUUAAAAUUGCAUUGGCCCAACAUUUUUUGUUCAACAUAAAAUUUUCUAUUUACAUUUUAAGUGAUUUAAGAUAAUUCUAAAGGUUUGCACCACAAGGCCUAGUUGCCAGCGAUUGGUCUAAAGGCCUACUUGCCAGCAAUUGGUCUAAAGGCCUAGUUGCCAGCUAUUGGUCUAAAGUUCAUACUAUCCUAAUCUAAGGUGAAUACUAUCUGGUAGAGAUAUCCCAGUUUCUAAGAACAUCCAUCCCUGUGUCGCUACACCCCAUGUAAGGCUUUGGCCUGCCUCGCUAUUUCCUUCCACUCAGACAUAAUUAAAGCAUUUUUUUUUUCCAUGCUUGGAUUUCCAGCUGCUGUAGUUCUUUUUCCCACAUCAUCCAUCCAUCUAAGUCUAUGUCUGCCUUUGAGCCGUUUUCCUCUGGGGUUUUGGUGGUGUACCCUCUUCACUCCUCCAUCAUUUGAAAUUCUUUCUAUCCUUUUUUAUUUCUGGUACUAGGGUGGGAUCCUGAUAUAGACUGUACUAUUCCUGGUUGGUAUUCUCCAUCCAUAAUCAUCCUUUGUUAAUCCAUUUAUUCUCCGGAGAACUUUUCUCUUCCAUUUAAUAUAUUUUAUGCCAAUUUUGUUAGGGUUUAAGUUUCACUUGUGUAUGUUACAACUGGUCUGAUUACAGUUUUGUAAAUAUUAAAGUUUUCUUUGUUUUUUGUGUAAUGUUUUUACUUUUGAGUAUUUUGUGCCUACUAAUAUACUAAAGUAUGCUGUGUUUCCGGCUGAUAUUUGAUGGAUUUACUUUUCCAAAAAUCUGGUCUCUAAUUUUAAUGGCUUCAUCUAUCUGUUCUUCUCUUAUCAUAGUCAUGUAUUUUGUUUUGUGGUUAAUAACUUCCAGCCUUGCUUGUAGUGAUGUGUCUUCUAAUUCAAUAAUGGCUUUUGAUAUGUCUUUAAUACUUUCCCCUAGCAGUGCUGUGUCAUCAGCAAAUGCAAGAUACUCAAGAGGUUGAUUGUAGAGUGUCCCAUUGGUUGAGGGUCUUGGGUUUCCUUCAGAAAGUAUCCUGUUAUUGUUCCUCGGGUGUCAAUAUGUAUGCUUCUUAUAACUCUCUCUGUUAGGUUAAAUAACACACAAGACGGCGAGUCUCCUUGUCUUAGACCUCCUCUAAUCCGAAGUUUCUAAGAACACUAAGUAUAUUAAUAUUAUCUAUUAUUUGAAAAUAUUUUCAAGAUACCUUAAUCAAUCCAUUUUUUUUGUUGCUGCAAUUUUUCAGGACCUCUUGGCUGGUUUUGUGUAUGCGUUGCUCAUUUUCUUCUCCUUCAUGAAGUAUGUGGAGGGUUAUGAUCUGUAUCAGCAGACCCACCUCAUCGCUGCUCCUGUCGUCUUGCUCACAUCCCUGGCACUGUGCACGGUUUGCUACCCAAGCACCUACAAGAGCUCUUGUAAAGGUGACGCCGUGCAGAUUGUGGCGGCUCUGGCCGGUGUCGGCUUGGGCCAGUGGAUGAACUACCAGCUUGGAUUCUCCCAAGAGUCUGACUCCACUGGUCCGUAUGCCAUCAUGUUUCCAACCUGGGGUUGGGUGGGUAUGGCUUUGCUUAGAUUUGUGAGCGGAGUGUUUAUCAUUUUUUUAAUGCAAACUUUUGCAAGAUUCUUAUCCAUCAGGUUUUUUUCCUAUGUCUAUGGGCUGGACAAACCAGACAAAACAUUUCCAGGUGUCAUGACUGCAUACAAGUUUACGACCUACUGUUUUGUGGGAUCUGGAAUAACAUUUUUCAUUCCCAUCAUUCAUUUGUAUUUUGGAAUUCAUAGACCAUCUAUAUUUUUGGAAGUUACAAGUUAGAUUAUCAGAAUUUUUUUUAUUACAAAGAAGUAGCCUUUUCUUCCAUAAAAUUUCAGUCUUAAAAAAUCAGUUUUUCAAUUUUCAAAUUAGUGACAGAAAAUGGUUAAAAAUAGUUAUAAUUCACAUGUCACAAUGAACCCACAUAUAUAUAUAAUAUAAAUAUAUCCUGAAUAUCAAAAUUUUUUCCUUUUCUUAUUAAUGCAUCAGCAAAGAAUGAAUCUUUAGAGUUAAAGUUAGCAAAACAAUAAAACUUUUAGUAGUCAUAUUUCAUAAGAUUCGAUGACCUGGUUCCAUUUAAUAAAAUUGGCAUUUUAGUAAUUAAAAUAGUUUAAUAUGACUUACAAAAUUUCAACUUUCUAGGAUUGGGAAAAUGGGUAAAAAUUGUACUCAAUUAGAUUUAAAA